UUCCUUUAUUUUUGUUUUGUAGCAAUGGCGGACGCAGCCCCAGCAGCAGCAGCACCAGCCGGUGGUCCAGCAGGCGGAGAUCGUGGUCGAGGUGGAUUCCGUGGAGGAUUUGGUUCAGGAGGUAGAGGUCGCGGUCGUGGCCGUGGAAGGGGUCGUGGUAGAGGUCGGGGAGCUAAAGAAGAUAAAGAAUGGUUGCCAUCCACAAAACUAGGACGUCUUGUAAAAGAUUUAAAAAUCAAGAAUUUGGAGGAGAUUUACCUCUUUUCACUUCCCAUCAAGGAGUUCGAAAUCAUUGAUUUAUUCUUGCCUCCAGGAACAUUAAAGGACGAAGUUUUAAAGAUUCUACCUGUACAGAAACAAACUAAAGCUGGUCAGAGAACCAGAUUCAAGGCUAUCGUUGCCGUUGGAGAUUCAAGUGGACAUGUUGGUUUGGGUGUAAAAUGCUCAAAGGAAGUUGCCACAGCUAUUCGUGGUGCCAUCAUUGCCGCUAAGCUAUCAAUUGUUCCCAUCAGACGAGGUUACUGGGGUAACAAGAUCGGUAAACCACACACAGUACCCUGCAAGCUAACAGGUAGAUGUGGUAGUGUACUAGUAAGAUUGAUUCCAGCCCCUAGAGGAACUGGUAUCGUCAGUGCUCCUGUUCCCAGAAAGUUAUUAACAAUGGCCGGUAUUGAUGAUUGCUACACCUCUUGUAAAGGUGCCACUUCCACCAUCGGAAAUUUUGCCAAAGCAACCUUCUUUGCCAUUAUCAAGACAUACAAAUUCUUGAGCCCGGACAUGUGGAAGGACAGUGUUCUAACCAAGGAACCGUUCCAAGAGUUCUCAGAUCAUCUCCACAAGCACCAUCAACCAGUCAGGGUGCAGAAACAGGAACAGAAAGUUUAUUAAAUUAACAGAUGACUUUCUGAUACAAAAUACAAAAUAAAAAAAAAUUAAAUGUU